AUGAGUUCGGCAACACCUAUUGGUCAGACAUCAACACCAUUACUAUCAAAUAAACGAUCUCUCUCACCGAGUACUAGUUCGACGUUGGGAGUGAAUCCUGAAAAGAAACGACCGACCUCAGAAGAAGACAUUUCGCAUGUCACCCUAGCACCGCUUGCUCGAGAAUCGUCAAGUGGCUUUAAUUAUCAAACAUUAACCGAAUCAUCGCCAUUGAAUCAAACGAAACACGUUGUCAAAGCAUUGGUUCGAUCGCAUAGUUCAACCAAUGCUGAUCUUAGUUAUCAUUUACAACAAUUGAGAAAUCUGAGUAAACGCAAAACAACUUUCAGUGACGAUUAUCGGAAUAACAGCACCAAUGAGGAUCGCAUUCAUUUGACAUCAUCAAAUUUGAAGAUCGUAUGCAAUGAAAAUGGAAAUGAUUCUCUAGUUCAUUCAACAAUUGAACUCAAAACUAUCGAGACAAGUAUUGAGUUACCUGCAGCAUGGAAACCGGCUAUACAGCAAGUGACUAUUCAAAGAGAUGCAUGGGAUCAUAAAAUAGAAUUUCUCCUUGCGGUGAUCGGUUAUGCUGUCGAUUUGGGUAAUGUUUGGCGUUUUCCAACAACAGUUUAUAUGAAUGGUGGUGGCGCAUUUUUUAUUCCUUAUUUUAUCCUACUUAUCUUCGGCGGUUUGCCACUAUUCUAUAUGGAACUUGCUCUUGGUCAAUAUCAUCGAUCGGGCGUAUUUACGAUAUGGAAACAUAUUUGCCCUUUAGUCAAAGGGAUCGGUUGGGCAACGGUGUUAAUCAAUUUUAUGACAGCAAUGUUCUACAACACAGUCAUCUCAUGGGCUGUCUACUAUAUGAUUGUAUCGUUCAAGGGCAUUGUCGGUGAUUUACCAUGGAAACGGUGUGAUCAUGCUUGGAAUACUCAUUGUUGUGUUGCAGCCGAUGUAGGAGAAUAUCAAUAUUUGAGCAAAUUAGCCAACGUAACCAUCGUAAAUACAACGAGAACAACAACAGCAUUGACAACGACAACAAGAGCACCGGAAAAGAAUUGUACGCGAUUAGUCUACUCAACGGAAGAAUAUUUCUAUCGAGCUCUUCAAGAAGUAGAUAAAGCCGAUGGCUUUGAAAACUUGGGUAAAGUUAAAUGGGAACUUGCGGUCAGCUUAUUAGGCGUAUUUGUCAUUGUCUACUUUGCACUUUGGAAAGGAAUCAAAAGUUCAGGAAAAGCGGUAUGGAUUACAGCUAUUGCUCCAUACGCUGUCUUAUUUAUCCUCUUAAUUCGUGGUAUUACUCUCUCUGGUUCAUCGAUCGGUAUCGAAUAUUAUUUACAACCGAAAAUGGAAUUACUGAAGAAUUUCUCUAUUUGGAAUGCUGCUGCUACACAGAUAUUCUUCUCACUUGGUCCUGGUUUCGGUGUACUCAUUGCUCUAUCAUCUUAUAAUAAGUUUCAUAACAAUUGUUACCGGGAUGCGCUCAUCACCAGUACAAUCAAUUGUGCAACGUCAAUUCUCUCAGGUUUUGUUGUCUUUGCAACACUUGGUCAUAUGGCUUUUGUUUCGGAUAAAACAAUCGAACAAGUCAUUGAAGAUAAAGGCAGGUGUGGUUCCGAACUGGUUUUUAUUGUCUAUCCGCAUACCAUUGCAUUGAUGAAUUGGUCAACCAUAUGGGCUAUACUCUUCUUUUUCAUGGUCAUCACCUUAGGUAUCGAUAGUACAUUCGGUGGCCUGGAAUCAAUCAUUACCGGUUUAUGUGAUGAAUUUCCAAACUUAUUUGGGCGUCACAGAUCAUUAUUCGUCUUAGGAGUUCUUGCAAUAUCAUACUUAGGUGCAUUACCUACAUGUACUUACGGUGGUGAUUACAUCGUGACACUAAUGAAUGAAAUUGCUGUGGCGCCAGCUCUUCUUCUCGUCGUUUUUGUCGAAUGUAUUGCUGUCUCAUGGUUCUAUGGCGUCAAUCGAUUUUCCUGGGAUAUCAAAGCGAUGAUUGGAACGCGACCAUCGUUAUUUUGGCGAGUUAUUUGGUAUCUGGUUAGUCCAAUGUUUCUACUGAUGAUUUUCUAUAUAGCCAUGGAUAAUUUCCUAUUCGGUACAAUUCUCAUCAAACGAACCAAUUUGCGAGAUCUGCCAACCAAUGUUCAAAUCUGGUCAUACUUGAUGGUAUUCGCCCCGAUGCUAUGUAUUCCAGCGUAUGCAAUUUAUAAACUCUAUAUCACACCCGGCAAAACAUUCGAUGAACGUCUUCAACGAGCAGUUAAGCCAGAGGAGCCCUUGCUUGAUCUCAUUCGUUCGCGAUCAGCCGCAGAACAACAACAACAGCAACAAGAAAAAACUGACACUCUCUAA